UUGAAAGUGUUUGUAGACCUAGCAUUGAUGUCCGCUGGUGAAGAACCGAUGAACAUUGCACGAGUUCAAUGUUUACACACUGCUGUAACGGGAUAUGCCCCACUGAUAUUCGAUUUGAAAGACGAUGCUGACUUUGAAGAAUUACUACAGCUAUGCAGAAACGUAUGGAAAGAGCUCGAGGCGAACCCUUCCUUACCCGAUAAAUUGAAAGAUACAGCACGCCAUCUACAAUGGCUAGACAACAUUCAGAGGGCACACGGGUCGGUGGAAGUGACGUCAAUGAUGCAAGUCGAGGCAUGCAACGAAUAUGGGGAAUACACAAUUGGUUCAAAUGCUUGGCCAAAGACAAAAGUUUUGCAAGAUACUACAAUGUCAAUGAUACAACUGAAGGAUAUACUCAAACUAACAGUUCCUGGAGAAGACGGGAAAAGGGAGACCAGGAAUUACAAUUAUGAAAACCUCCAAGACUUGCAAAGCCGCUUGAUGUUAGUCGCAGGAAACUCUGACAAAGGGGCAGAAAGCGUAGAGAAAUUUACAAUGAUAUUCGAUGGUGCACUGAGACUAAGCAACGUGUAUGUAAAGUUAUGCUCUGCCGGGUGUGUUCUUUUCAAGAACUGGACGGCCUGUUUCUUCUGUGACCAAGGGAGACCUGUUUGUGCUAUCCUCGAAUUUGGGGAAACCGAGUCACAAUUAAAGGGACGACAGUCAGAGACAGAAGAAUUAAAAGAUAUUAUUCCGAAACUUGCUGGGUUUAUGGAAUCCUGCUUUGACAGAUGGAUGGAGUUUAUUAAAGAGAAAAGAAAGAAAUAUCGACACCUAAAUUACUUCACAACCGAUCAACUUGUCAUUUUGCAACGAGAGCUUGUGAAAAUUGGGACGAGUGAAGAGCCUUCACAUCUUAUUUAUCCACUUCUUUCGGCUGUAAAAAGUGAUUGCACAAGAGAUAACCUGCAUACUGCUAUGGUGGAAGCUAAAAUUGAACUCGACGGAGAAGUUGAAAAAGCACAGCCAGAAGAAGUUGUGGAUGGUGACCAGGCGCAUGAAUUGAAUGUUGAUACCGAGAUUGACUUUAUUAACGCUCUGGUUGAUCAAGGAUUUUCUGCGUCUUUGGCGCGAAAGGCUUUCAAAGAAGUUGGUCCGGAUGCAUCUGAUGGAUUUGAAUGGUGUAUGGAACAUGCUGAUGAAAAUGACGAACCGACUGAGGAAGAUGCAGAACUGCCACAGGAACAAAACACAGUUCCUUCUUUCACACGAUGGAAUGAAUCAAACGAGUCUUUUUUGGACAUAAUUACAUCACGAAUAAAAUCCAUGAAGAAACAAGGUUGA